AUGUCUAGAAAAGAAGAUGAGAUAAGUCAAGCGGAUGCUGAGGCCAACUCAGGAGGGUUCCCCUUCGAGGCUCAGCCGGCUUUCCGUCCCGACAACAUCGACGGUGUCGAUUACUGGGUUCUAACUGCCUACUUCGUCGACCCCGCUCAAGUUUGCGUCGGAAGAACGUCCGAAGAGUUCGAUGAAUUCGGCACAGGAACCGGACUCUUCAUCGUAACCGGACCCGGCGCCAUGGAUUACGACGCAAUUCCCUCCAAGCAGGAAGAUGCGGAGCUCUCGGAAUGGGUCUAUGGACGUUGCUUCGUCUCCAUGGGUGAGUGGACCAUAGUUGGCACCCAGCAAUGGCUCUUUGGGGCACCACGGUGCCCCAAAGCUGUCAUCGCACCAGACACUUUCAAGUACGCCCGGGAACGGCGCCUGCCAAAAACGCCAGCAUCAUCUGGCGAUCACUUUUGGUACCGCGUCAGCCCGGACCUGGAUUGCAACGAAUUCUUCCCAGCUUUCCUCCUGUACAACCAAGGGGAGCUCACCGGUUUCGGUUGGGCAGUUCAAGGCAUCUACGAAUCAGACCACGUCGAAUAUCCGCCUUCUUUCGUCCUCAACCUUUUCAUGAACCCCGUCCCGACCUGUUUGCCGGGUCUCGUUGACACGAUCGGGGUCACGACGCAACACAUCUACUUCAACGCUGACUUGUUCAACGUCAUCUGCUGAGUUACCUCAGCUCACGAAUCCAAGGCAAUUCAGGGUUCUGCCGCGCGGGUCGCGCCGAGUGGGGAUGAAAUAUAAACGCACCUGCGGCAGUUCCCGCCAAUUCCGGUUGAUUAUGUCCCGAAAAAUGAGUGGUGUCAAUGCACAGAUAACCUAGUUAUCUUUCUUUUUUAGAUUUGAAUGCCUCCGGG